AUGCCUCGCGUGCCGUCAGUUUCUCCCGCAACGGGAACCGCUGUCCCGCCCUACUUCAUCCACACCAUUGAGAGCAGCUUCGUCGAUAACGCUGGUCGCACGCUCCUGCUACGCGGUGUCAAUCUCUCAGGCGCGGACAAGGCGCCAGCAGGCAAGCCUUCCUACAUCCUCGACGACUUCUGGGAAUCUGGCGAGAGCGGCGAGGGCAGCUUCAUUGGGCGCCCGCUCAACCUCGAGGAUGGCUCAGCGGAUGUGCACCUCGCUCGAUUGAGGGGGUGGGGCUACAACAUGCUCCGAUACGUCGUAACAUGGGAGGCCCUUGAACAUGCCGGACCUGGGCAGCUCGACGAUGAGUUUAUGGACUAUACUGUACAGGUCCUCCGCAAGUGCAAGGAGUACGGCUUCAAAGUAUACAUGGACCCUCAUCAAGAUAUCUGGUCUCGCUUCUCAGGAGGGUCGGGAGCACCGUACUGGACGCUUCCGGCCUCUGGGCUGAAUGCGCGUCAUUUCACGCCCACUCAGGCAGCAAUCGUCCAUUGUGAAUAUCCCACUGCCUCCGAACCCGAUCCCGUCAACUUCCCCGCGAUGAUCUGGGGCACGAAUUACGGGCGUCUCGCGUCGCAGACACUCUUCACGCUGUUCUUCGCCGGACGCGUCUUUGCGCCAAAGUGCGUCAUCGACGGACAGAACAUCCAGGAUUACUUGCAGAGCCACUACAUCGCGGCUUUCAGCGCGCUCGCAGACCGCAUCCGCGACGCCGGGGACCUGCUCGACGAGUGCGUGAUCGGGUGGGACAGCAUGAACGAGCCGUACGAGGGCUUCUGCGGGUACGACGACCUGAAUACCGUGCCGACGAAGCAGACGUCGACGCUGAAAAAGGGCACGUUCCCAACGCCGGCGCAGUCAUUCCGCCUAGGCAUGGGCCGGGCCCAGACAGUCGACAAUUGGAAGUUCGGCUCGAUGGGCCCCAGCCGGGAUGGCUCCGUGACGAUCGAUCCGCGUGGGCUGAAGGUGUGGGCAGAUCCGGAAAGCGAGCCUGACGGCGUACACCCGCGCUGGGGCUGGCGGCGUGACCCGGGCUGGCAGCUGGGGACAUGCAUAUGGGCCCAGCACGGCGUGUGGGACGUGGAGACGGGCGACGUGCUCGUCCCCGACUAUUUCAAAACGCCACCCUUUGUCACCAACCAUUCCGCGCACUUCAUCGAGACGUACUGGCUGCCGCACUGGCAAGCGUUUGCCACACGGCUACGACAGUCGCACCCAGAGUCCAUCAUGUUCGUCGCCCCGCCCGUGUUCGCUCAACCACCUGCUAUCGGCGAGGAGCUCCUGCGGGGCCGCUGCUGCUACUCGGCACACUACUACGACGGGCUGACGCUCAUUACACGGCAUUGGAACUGGUUCAACGCCGACGCGCUAGGCCUUUUGCGAGGCAAGUACUCCUCCACGCUCCCUGCCGUUAAGAUCGGAGAAAGUGCCAUCCGGAAAUCGCUCCAAGAGCAGCUCGGGAUACUCAAGGACGAUGCGCCUAUCCUGGGCCCGUACCCAACCAUCAUUGGCGAGAUUGGAAUCCCGUACGAUAUGGACGGGAAGAGAUCUUACGGAUAUACGGACGGGGGUAAAUACAAGGGCGACUACUCGAGUCAGCAGAAAGCGCUGGACGCUAGCCUUAACGCUGCUGACGGCCCCAACGCGCUGAACUACACUAUCUGGAACUAUUGCCCGGACAACUCGCAUCAAUGGGGCGACGGGUGGAACAUGGAAGACUUGAGCCUCUGGAGUCCCGAAGACCUGCGGCCGAGAAGCGACUAUAAGAUGGAGCUGGGCGGCGCUUCGUCGACGGGUCUACUAAAGAAAGAUGUUAUAGUCACGACGCGCUCAGCGACGACAUCAGCCUUGUCACUUUCUACUCUGGCUGAUGCGCCAGAGGGGUCGAGCGACGGGACGCUUACGCCUAGCCGGGAGAUCGCGUCAUUCUCGAGGUGGGAAAACGCAUACGACUUCCUGACAGACGGAUCGAGAGCCGCGAAGGCGUUCUGCCGUCCGUACCCAGUGGCAGUCGUCGGCGCACCCAAAGACAUCCAGUUUAACCUCGCGAAGGCGGAAUUCAAGUGCACCGUACUCGUACGCGCGGAGGACGCCCUGCGACCACAGGGGAUCUCCGCGUCUGCGGAUGACGGCCUCGCGACAGAGAUCUAUAUCCCGCUCGUCCACUACGCGAGCGACUCGCUCGUCGCUCGGUUCUCGGACCGAGAGCAGGAAUGCGAUGGCGCCGCGACGAUGACUCCGGAAGGAUCUCUGUCGAAGGACUCGAGUCCAUCCGUCUCACGCAACGCGUCCUCAGCGCAGCUUGCCAUUCCGUCUGCACCUUCUGGAUCGGCCAGCCUCUCCAGGCUCUUCGACUCGGCGUCGGAGCAGCUGUCGGUCAAGGUGUCUGCCGGGCGCUGGGAAGUCAGCGGUCAGAUCCUGAAAUGGUGGUACCCGAUCCCUGCACCCGGGGAGCCUGAGUGCGAAUACACUAUCGUCGUCACGCGGCAGGGUGGGGCGAUCACAACCAUGGAGGAGGCUGCCAUCGCUCGCCGCGGUCUUUGGGAGCGAUGGUGUAGUAUGUUGCGUGAGUGUUGUUGUGUACUCAUGUGAGGAUGCCAAAUGC